AUGGCACUCCAAAAUUCAGAGGCAUUUACUCUGAAAGAGGAGACAACAGAAGACCAAAGUUUUGUCGCCAAACGGAUAAAGCUUUGCGACGACGAGUUGGUCACCACCGCAUCCAUUGGCGACGAUCUCACACCGCCACUGCAACUGCCGUCACAUCACCACCAGAAUCAGCUCCUCCACAGUCCUAUAGGGGACACCAAGUCGUCCAAUACAAUAUCAUCGUCUCCCAGUGCCAGCAGUGAUAGCGGACAUUGCAGUAGAGCUUCUCCCGACAUCACUUCACUCACAUCCACAGCCAAUGGUGCGCCCCAGCCUAUGGCCAGUGCUAGUGGUGAAUCACCAACAGAUUAUCAUAACAGUUGGGGAAUGUGUGGAAAUGAUGUGAAAGUGGACUCGACUUUACUGACAUCACAUGCUCUCUCGGAUUCUGAUUGCAAUAUCUAUUCAACCGGUGGUGUCGCCGAUCAUCUCAAUUCUUCAUACUCCGAGCUCAGCCCAACCCAUCCCACAGCGUAUUCCUAUUACGAUAGAAUUGACAGCAUGCAGGCCGCGUAUCAAAGUUCUUAUACGGGCUCAGCCGCCGCCGCCGCAGCCUUUGCCGCCAAUUAUUACCCGCAAACCAAUGCCUAUGGCGUUAUGUCUCAAUCAUAUAACGGUUCGCGCUCAAUAGGCUCUCAAUGUAAAUCGAGCUCAUCAGCACAGGCAGCACUGGCAGCUCAGGCCGCUUAUCUCAAUCCAUCACCAUUUAGCACCACUUUUAAUAACAGUAAUUCCCAAACAUCGCAAAACGCCUAUUGCUACGGCUAUCCGUCGACGUUCUCCAACACGAGCUCCAACUCGCAGUCGCUGUCCAACUGUCAGCAGUCGCCGAUCGACUACCCCUACGGCGGGUUCAGUCACACCACCGGCUAUUCGCCGUAUUAUAACACCGGUUACGGGAGUUAUAUUCCCAACUCGUCUAAUGUAAAUAACUCGCCAUCGCCCUCAUCACUGACACUGUCCUCCGCUGCCAACUCCUCCACACCCGCCGUCACCUAUCAGUUGACACAACUGUCACAACAGUCAGAUCAAAAUUUGUCGCAUUAUCACCACAUCGACGACUGUCCAUCGCCUAUAAAGACAGACACUCAUCAAAACGCCAGCAAUGGAGGCGCCAAAAAAGGCUCAGCGAAGUCAGGCCGACGUGGGCGCCGACCGCCUAACCCAUCGCCCGACCCCGAGAACAAUCUCGAGCGCGUCUUCAUAUGGGAUUUAGACGAGACUAUAAUAGUCUAUCUGUCGCUCCUCAGAGCCACACAUAUAGUAGAGGGCAGUCAACACUGCAAUAACGACUGCAAAUGUAUACAAUGUAUAGGAAUGCAAUUGGAGGAACUCCUCAACCGUUUCGCUGAGAACCACUUCUUCUAUAAUGACUUAGAGGACUGCGAUCAGGAGCACGUGGAUGACACGGCCACCGAUGAUAAUGGCCAGGAUUUAACUAAUUAUAAUUUCCAAACCGACGGCUUCUAUACGGACGGCUCGUGCCGUGCGGUCACUCUGGGACUGACUGCCGGUCCCGUCAGGGGUGGUGUCGACUGGUUAAGGAAAAUGGCUUUUCGGUACCGAAGGAUCAAGGAUACCUACACUCGCUUUAGGGAAAAUGUUUCAGAGUUAUUGAGUGGUCCCGAGAGAGACAAACUGUACGAAAUCCAACGGGAAUGGGACGUCUAUACCGAGAACAGGACUCUUAAAGCUCUCAAAUGUUUGCAAAUAAUCACUUCCAGGCCCAAAUGUCUGAAUAUAUUGGUGACAUCGGUUCCAUUAGUGCCAUCAUUAGCCAAAGUGAUGAUCUUCGGAGUGGCGCCUAAUUUCAAUAUAGAGAACAUCUAUAGUGCAGUCAAAUCAGGCAAAGAAAGUAUUUUUCAGCGAAUAGUGAAUAGAUUUGGCAAAAAGUGUACGUAUGUGGCCAUUGGGGACGGCAAGGAUGAAGAGAUCGCCGCCAAAAAG